GCGGCCGCCGGAGCCACGUGUGCGGGCGUGCAGGGAAGCGCGGCCACGCCUGGCCCGGCCAUCAUUCCCGACGCGGCGGCCCCUCGGUGCGCCCGGCCGGGUCCCCGAGCGCCGGGUCCCCGAGAUGAGCGCGGGCUCGGAGCGCCGGGCGGCGGCGGCCCCCGGAGCGGUGCCCGCGCCCCGCGCCUCCAGGGUGGAGCUGCGGCUUAGCUGCCGCCACCUGCUGGACCGCGACCCGCUCACCAAGUCCGACCCCAGCGUGCUGCUGCUGCUGCGGUCCCAGAAUCAGUGGGUGCAGGUGGACAGAACGGAAGUGGUCCGGAGCAGCCUGCACCCUGUGUUCUCCAAGGUCUUCACGCUCGACUACUACUUUGAGGAGGUGCAGAAGCUGCGCUUUGAGGUCUAUGACACCCGGGGACCCAGCGACCUUGGCUAUCAGGAGGAUGACUUCCUUGGGGGCAUGGAGUGCACCUUGGGGCAGAUUGUGGCCCAGAAGAAGGUGACCCGUGCCCUGCUGCUCAGGUUCGGCAGGAAUGCCGGCAAGUCCACCAUCACGGUGACAGCUGAGGACAUCUCCGGGAAUAAUGGCUACGUGGAGCUGUCCUUCCGGGCCAGGAAGCUGGACGACAAGGACCUCUUCAGCAAGUCAGACCCCUUCCUGGAGCUAUACCGGGUCAAUGACGAUGGGAGUGAGCAGCUGGUGUACCGGACCGAGGUGGUGAAGGACAACCUCAGCCCCGUGUGGGAGCCUUUCAAGGUGUCACUGAGCAACCUGUGCAGCUGUGAGGAGACGCGGCCUCUGAAGUGCCUCGUCUGGGAUCACGACUCCCGCGGAAAGCACGACUUCAUCGGGGAAUUCUCCACCACCUUUGCGGAAAUGCAGAAAGCCUUUGGGGAGGACCAGGCCCAGUGGGACUGCGUGAAUGCCAAGUACAGGCAGAAGAAGCAUAAUUACAAGAACUCUGGGGUGGUCAUCCUGGCAGACCUGAAGUCCUACAGGGUUCACUCUUUCCUGGACUACAUCAUGGGCGGCUGUCAGAUUCACUUCACCGUGGCCAUCGAUUUCACAGCCUCCAACGGUGACCCGCGGAACAGCUGCUCUCUGCACUAUAUCAACCCUUUCCAGCCCAACGAGUACCUGCAGGCCCUGGUGGCCGUGGGAGAGAUCUGCCAGGACUAUGACAGUGACAAGAGAUUUUCUGCUCUGGGGUUUGGAGCACGGAUCCCUCCCAAGUAUGAGGUGUCCCAUGACUUUGCCAUCAACUUCAACCCUGAGGACGAUGAGUGUGAAGGGAUCCAGGGCGUGGUGGAGGCCUAUCGGAACUGCCUGCCCAGGGUCCAGCUCUAUGGCCCCACCAACGUGGCCCCUGUCAUCUCCAAGGUGGCCCGCAUGGCAGCGGCCGAGGAGAGCACUGGGGAGGCCUCCCAAUACUACAUCCUGCUGGUCCUGACUGACGGAGUGGUGACCGACAUGUCAGAUACCCGGGAGGCCAUCGUGCGCGCCUCCCACCUGCCCAUGUCCAUCAUCAUCGUGGGGGUGGGCAAUGCUGACUUCACGGAUAUGCAGACCCUGGACGGGGACGAGGGCAUCCUGCGCUCCCCGAGGGGCGAGCCGGCGCUCCGCGACAUUGUGCAGUUUGUUCCCUUCCGGGAGCUCAAGAGCGCGUCCCCGGCGGCGCUGGCCAAGUGCGUGCUGGCUGAGGUGCCCAGGCAGGUGGUGGAAUACUUCAGCUACAGGGAGCUGCCUCCCAGAGGCCUCGGCACCCACACCCACGACGCUGGCCCCGAGAGGGCAGGGCAGCCAGGAGUGCGGCCAGUCUCUGUCUCAAGCACCCUCGGGGUGCCUUAGGCCCUCCCCGCCACACGUUCCAGAGCCCUCCUGUACCCCGCCCCCAGGCCCACCUCUUACCCUCCUGUGACCCCGCUGCCCAGACCAGCCUCUGGGGGCCCCCAAGGCUGAAGGAUGAACAAAUCCAGGCCCGGGGAACCCUGAAACAGGAGCUGAAGGUGUGGGGUGUGGGUGGUAGCCCCCCAUGCCUGGCCCUGCCCCAGCCAGGCAGGUGUAGGGUCAGGGGCUGGGGAGGGUUCCCUGAGAGAGCAGGAGGAGGCCCCAGCAGCUCAGCCCAACGUGAAGGGAAGCUUAUGGAUGGGGGGGGGGGGGGAGGGAGGGGAGGGAGUCGUUCCUGCUUCGCAUCUCGUUCUCACGAGGAGGGGCCCGCAGCCUGCAUCCCAGCUGUGGGGGAGACCGGGGUGCCCCCAGAGCUCCUGACCGGUCAGAUUCCUCUUUCUUCCUGCCUUCCUCCCCUGUUGCUUCCCCCAGCUCAGCACCCAGGCCUUGGGGUCCGCAGGUGGGGGCUUAGGCAUAAUAAAGUGUCAUGUUGUCCUCGAA